CCUGGUGGACAUUUUUGCAAACGCUUAGAACCCUGAGGCUCAUAGAGCCAGUUGUCAUGGCAACCGUCCAGCAUGUGUUUACAAAAACAAGAGCUUGACCGUUCACCGACAGUUCUCCCGACAUUCGCCAUCUGCGACGCCAUCUUCCUCGUCCUCCGCUUCUUCUUCCAGCGUCUUUUUCAGAAGAGGUGGUGAAGAGCAGGUAUUCGCAGGGUUUGAAGACGCAGGUGAAGCCGAGGUAGAUUCAGUCAGCAGCGAUGAGCGGAGCCAAUGCCCGCAGCGACGCGCCUGUUGCUGAAAAUGUCUCCAGCGGCGGGCACGGUUCUUCUGCCCCUCCGCGGGACCGAAAGCCCAGCGGAGGCGUCUUGAAGAGGCUCAAGUCCCGUAGAAGCCAGGUGGAGAGCAGGCCCGGGACGGAGGAAGAGCUACGGACGAAGAAUGGACACAUUUCUCCGGAGGAUGUGCUAGGACUGCGAGUUGCUACGAGAGGGUACCUCUGUAAACCUGAAGACAAUAUUUACAACAUUGACUUUGUACGCUUUAAAAUCAGAGACCUGGAAACCGACACUGUCCUGUUUGAGAUUGCCAAACCUCCGCAUUCAGAUGAUGAUGAGGAGCACAGAGAUGGAGAUGGCACCGCGGGCCGAUUUGUUCGCUACCAGUUUACACCGGCUUUCCUGCGACUGAGGACCGUGGGAGCUACGGUGGAAUUCACGGUUGGGAACCGGCCCCUGAACAACUUCCGCAUGAUCGAGAGGCACUACUUUCGUGAUCACCUGCUCAAGAGCUUCGACUUUGACUUUGGCUUCUGCAUCCCAAGCAGCCGUAACACAUGUGAACAUAUCUACGAGUUCCCCCAGCUUUCUGACAGCCUGGUGCUUCAGAUGGUGGAGUGUCCUUAUGAAACGCAGUCGGACAGUUUCUAUUUUGUCGACAAUAGACUGGUCAUGCACAACAAGGCAAACUACGCCUACAAUGGAGGACAAUGAUGGUGGCAGCCUUGGAUGUUGCAUCCGCUGCUCUCAUCUGUUGACACACAUGCAUGCAUACUGCACAACAUUCAGCUCAAACGUUCACACAUACACACGCUCCCACAGCUGUUUGAGCUGCCGCUCGUGUUUGUCAAGCUUUAAUGCCAUUUGUUUGUUUCAUUUUCAGUGUGUUUUACUUUGCUGGAAGAUGAUGGUAGUCUUCACACUGACACACAAACAGGAAGAAGCUCCACAUUGCUUAAUUUAUCUAGUUUUAAGCAUUGACAGAUCUCUUUGAUUCUUAAAAAGAGGGCUAAUCACUAGUGGCUGUGUAACAUGUGUUUAAAACAGGUCAAAUAGCAAUUGGACGGAUGAUCAGACUCCUUUCAAGUUUCCUAGCUACUAUUAAAAUCACACACACACACACAUAUCUGAACACACACACACGCUCAAUCCCCAAGUGGCACCCAUAGUGUUUGUCAGAAGCAGCUGUUCUCAGAGCUACCGCCUCCAGAAUCUACUCCAGACAACAUCACGGGAGACGGGGGGGGGGGG